CGCUAAUUGCAGAGGUGCAGUAACACUCAGCUGAUCUCGCGUCGGCGAGCUGUGCAUGUAACAUCUUCCCUUGAGACUGCUUAUAUCUAAUUUCUAUUAUUUGUCGCCGAUGGUAAUUUCGUAAAAUUUGGCUUAGUAUGGCAUCAGCAGCAGUGAAAUUGAAUAAUGGAGCAUUAAUGCCCUCAAUUGCUUUGGGGACAUGGAAAUCCAAGAAAGGUGAAGUAGGACAGGCAGUCAGGCUUGCUUUGCAGUAUGGGUACCGACAUAUUGAUUGUGCACAUGUUUAUCAAAAUGAAGACGAAAUAGGGGAAAGUCUUACUGAGGUGUUUAAAGAAGGAAAAGUGAAACGUGAAGAUAUCUUCAUUACAUCAAAGCUCUGGUGCAAUAGUCAGGCACCUGAGGAUGUUUUACCAGCAUGUGAGAUAACGCUGAAAAAUCUGCAGUUGAAGUAUUUGGAUUUGUAUCUUAUCCACAUCCCCCUUGCUUUCAAAAAAGAUGUCCCUUUUCCUCACUCCAAGGCAGAAGGGGUGAUAGGUUACUCACCUGAAGGCAUGGCUAAGACUUGGCAGGCAAUGGAGCAGCUGGUGGACAAAGGUCUCUGUAAAGCUAUUGGCAUCUCAAAUUUUACAAUUAAGAAGACACAAACUCUUUUGGAAACUGCCAGAAUAGUUCCAGCUUGUAAUCAAGUGGAAUUACAUCCAUAUUUACCUCAGCCACAACUAUUGAAGUUUAGUGCUGACAAAGGCAUUGUUGUGACGGCAUACUCUCCUCUGGGCUCUCCUGAUCGUCCUUUUGCCAACAAAGAUUCUGAACCUGUGAUACUGCAAAAUCCUGUGUUGAAGAAAAUCGCUGAAAAACAUGGCACCACUUCUGCUUUGAUCGCUUUAGCCUGGGGUAUCAAGCGUAACACUCCAGUCCUCCCAAAAGCCGUCUCUGAAAACCACAUCAAAGAAAACCUUGAAGUACUUCAUGUAAACUUAGACGAGGAUGACAUGAAAGCGAUUGAGAAUAUUGGAAUACGCCACCGUUAUCUCAUGCAGGCGUGGAUGUUCAAGCCGGAGGAAGUUCCUGAGAAUUACUGGGAUGGCGAAGAAUGAUUGGCUACUGAACAACAACUAACGGAUAGCUUCACGAGUGAAAUUUAUAGGACAGCGUGCAAUUAUUGUGGGAGUUUUUCAAUUUUAGAGUAGCGAUUAAUUUUUGUGUUUUUUUCUCAUUUAUUGGAAGGAAAAUCUUCGUUUUUGUCAAUUGACUUCUCGCGCUUGAAAAAAAUAUAUCUCGUACUUCAACCUUUCAUCGUAGAUAUUGGUUAAGGGCACUAGAUGUUAUAAAUGAUUCAAACAACAGGUUUUUUUUUAAGAAACUAGUCUCUCGAAUCGCCACGAGUUUACCAAUGGACUGCCGGGCUGGCAGUAAGUUUGUAACAUUCUUCUUUUUGACGAACAAUUGGGUGUUUGUUAUUUGCGUUCUAGAAAGUGAAAGGUAGAUUAUAAACACCUUGGAUUUUAUGAAGAGUAACCAAAUAUAUAUUAAAUUAGGGUUA